AUGAGUGAUGGUUGUCGAGGAAUAGAGGUUUUCCGAGAUCACUGUCAAGUUUCAACAGCUGAUAUAGCUUCUUUUCAAAGAAGCACUUCCUCUUUAUCUGAUCCAACAAUCGAUAAUUCUUCUAGGUAUAUCUUCUUGAAAGGUCUUCAUUUUGCUCCCAAAGGUUGGAGCACCUUGAUGGCAUUUUGCAUUCUCCUUGUCUGUCAGGCUAUUGGUACUUGCGGACUCACUACCUGGAGAACAACCUCCUAUUGACAACACUGAAGUUGAUGACUGGCUUCCACGCCUUGUUGUUCUUAAUGGAUCAUGCAUCUUCUUGUAUUUGUUGGCCACAGGUAACUGAUCAAAAUUUUAGUCUGCCAGUGUCACUGUUAUUGCUCAAUGGUUGUAGAUAACAUCUUGUGUUGGAUCAUGCCUGCUACUGAGUAGCAUCGCCUGAUUCUGCUACAGAAAUUGUUUAUUCCAAGUCACGGAUACGUUAAAUGUCCCACUUAAGUUGACGCCACGAUUACUAAGACUUACUGUAUUUUAGUUCUGAACUCCAGUUGAACUUAUUGUUCCAUUCAAAUUCUUUUGUUUCUUUCUUUCCUAAUCUCCUUUUAAGGUGGGCAGGAUCACUUGAUUUGAUUGCCUAUACACUAGGUGGUUCAUACACUUGCAUUAAAGGAUGGUCUGUGUCUC